AUGUCAUAUACUUUAUUACCAACAGAUAAUAGUAAUAAUAAUAAUAAUAUGACAGUAUCAACAUCAACACCUAUAAAAUCAAAUACAAAUAAUAGGAACAAUAGUAAUAGUAGUAAUAGUAAUAAUAGUAAUAAUAGCAAUGGUAUAGAUACAACAACAACGACACCAACAAAGAAACCAACUAGAGAUAGACAGUUAUUUUCAUUUUCAGAGUUGGCAGGUACAAAUUUAACAUUAUUAUUAGAUAGUGAAAUUUUAAUUAGAAUCUUUUCAAAAUUAGAAUAUUCAGAUUUAUUCAUAGUGAAAAGGGUUUGUUCAAGAUGGAAACCACUAUGUGAACAUAAAUCUUUAUUUAACAGUUUAGAUAUGCAAUCAUUUAUACUAUAUUGUAGGAUUCUACCAAUGACAAUUUUAAAUAAUUUCUUACAAACUCUAUCAAUGGAUAAAGAUGAAAUUGAUGCCUUAAAAAUGGUUUGUAGAGAAAUGCCAAAAAUUACUAUAACAAAUACACCAAAUAUAUAUUUAGAUACACCACCACCAACAAUAUCAAAUCAACAAGUUCCUUUAAAUACACAAUAUAUAACAUCAUCAUCAUCAUCAUCAUCAACUACAACUGUAACUACAACUAUAAAUACAUCAAAUUCAUCAAAUACAGCAACUACAUUUAUUACAAAUACACCAAUUGGUGGUAGCACAACACCACCAAUUAAAAAUUCAUUUGUGAAUGCAUUCACAGCGACAACAUCAUCAUUAAAAUCAUUUUUAAAUACAAGUGGUAGUGGUAUUGCCACCACUUUAAAUGGAAGUAAUGGUUCAAUUAGUUCACCACCAUCACCAAAUUUAAAUAGUAAUAAUAAUAAUAAUAAUAAUAGUCAAAAUAAUAAUAAUAAUAAUAAUAAUAAUAAUAAUAAUAAUAAUAAUAAUAAUAAUAAUAAUAAUAAUAAUAAUAAUAAUAAUAAUAAUAAUAAUAAUAAUAAUAAUAAUAAUAAUAAUAAUAAUAAUAAUAAUAAUAAUAAUAAUAAUAAUAAUAAUAAUAAUAGUCAAAAUGGUCAUUUAAGAGUGUCAUCACUUGAUGAUACAUUAUCAAUUUCAUCAACAUCUAGCAAUGGUUCAUUAUCAUCACUUGAUUCAUUAACAAUUAAUAAUAGUAAUAAUAGUAGUAGUAAUAAUAAUAAUAAUAAUAGUAAUAAUAAUAGUAUCAAUGGUAAUAGUGGUAAUACACCAAUAUCAAAUAGAAGAAAUGUAUUUGGGCAAUCAUUAACAUUAAAUGAAAAAGAACAAAAGAAAAAAGAUAAAAAUAGAAAAGAAAGAGAAAGACGUAUGGAGGAAUCAUUAAAGAUAUGGAAUGAAGAUAUGAUACCAAAUUGGGACAAAAGAAAGGGUACUAAAAAAUGUAGGGAGAUGGUUUUACAAGGUAUUCCAUCAUUGGUGCGUAGUAAAGUUUGGCCAUUGCUAAUUGGUAACGAUUUGAAUAUAACACCUGAACUAUUUUCAAUUUUUGGUGCACGUGCAGAGAGAGCAAAACAAAAAUCAGAAGCUAGAAGUUUAGGUAGAGAGAAAACUGUUAGUUUAAUUCAUUUAGAUUUACCACGUACAUUUCCAAUGUUAUCAAUAUUUCAAGAUGAAGGUCCACUACACCAAUCAUUGGCAAAUGUGUUGGAGGCAUAUGUUUGUUAUAGACCUGAUGUGGGUUAUGUCCAAGGUAUGUCUUAUUUAGCGGCUGUGUUUUUAUUAAUACUUGACGAAUUCAAUUCAUUCGUUUGUUUAUCAAAUUUUUUAAAUAAUCCUUGUUAUAUGACAUUCUACACUAUGAAUCUCGAUCAAAUGGCAGUUUAUAUGAAUACAAUGGAUCAAUUAAUGGCUCAAAAUUUACCAAAAAUUCAAAAACAUCUCAAAGAAUUGGGUAUCCAACCAGACAUUUUCAUGAUAGAUUGGGUUUUAACCGUGUUCUCUAAAGCAUUGCCUUUGGAUGUGGCCUCUCAUGUUUGGGAUACAAUAUUUUUGGAUGGUGAAGUGGUCAUCUUUCAAACAGCUUUAGGAAUUUUAAAAAUGUACAGUAAAGAUUUAGAAUUUGGAGAUUUUGAUGUUUGUAUGACCUUAUUAACUCAUUUACCAACCGAUAUAGAUGAAGAUGAACUAUUUCAACAUAUAAACUCUUUUCAAAUCAAUCAAAAACUUUUAAAUAAAAUGUUAAACAAAUAA